CUACCUGUUGGGCGGGGAAGUAUCGACCGCGCCAGUCCCCGGUCCACCUCGGCCCUCGCCGGACGCCUCGUCUUCUAAUUCCAUAAGUGUGUGAAAAAUGCUGUCGGCGGCUCGUCGGCUGCAUUGAUACUACAUCAGAUAUGCUUCAGUCGUUAUUACAGCCAAGGGAAAAUCAGCGGUUCGUUACAUCUUCAGCGAAAAUGAUCGGCGCGAUGCCUGCAGUGGCCGUCCGGCAUGAGCGGCGGCGGGCGGAGAAGCGGGGCGGCGGGGGGCGGAGGCCCUCCCAGCUGCCUCUCCAACUGGGCAGAGCGCUUGAUGCGGACGGCACGCCCUCGCCGGACCAGCACCGGCUGAGGAAUGAGCUCUAUGUCUGCGGAAAGGUGGCAGCCCUGCACGCCGUUGUGGGGUCCCUCCUCCUGGGUAUCGUGGUGAUGGUGGUGGGGCUGGUACAACUUUCGCCCGGGGCAGAGGCGGCCGCCCAUCGCUACUACCUGAUGGGAGCCGGCGCUGCGCUCAUGGGCACUGGGAUUUUAGGAGCUGUUCUGAGAUGCCUGUGCCUCCACUGGUACAACCGCAAGUUCCGUGAAGAAGAAGAGGAAGAAGAAAACGAGCGGGCGCACAAGAACGGCGUGAGCGUGGUGGAAAGCGGUCACCACCACCACGACAAGCAACACCAUGACCACAGGGGACACGACCACAGGAAUCAUGACAAAGGCCAUGAUAAAUCAGGGGAUAACAAAGAGAAGACCAGUCAUGAUCACAAGCAUGAGAAGCCAAAACUGAAGGCCCAGGCCAGCGUGGGCAAAGACUUCGACCUUGUGAAGCAGCCGUCAGGAGCUAGCGACACUUAAGUCUACCUUGACCAGUAGUUAUAGGUUAAGUUCGUGUUGUGUCGCUGUUAGGUUAAGUAAUGAGUGUAUCGGUCCCUAUAAUUUGAUUGUCUCCAAAAUUGAAUUUCUACAACGUAGUAUGGAUAAUUAAUCUGUGAAUAUCAUACAUGACAAAGUCUACAGAAUUUGUUAAUAAAAUAUAUGUGUAUGUUUACAAAUUUGAUCAUACACUAACAGAAGGAAUUUAAGAAUGUAAUUUUCAUACUAUUGAUUUUUUUUGUGAUAAAGGUUACCGUAGAAUAGAGGGCCGACGCAUAUGAAAGUAUUUUGAAAUUUUAUGUAUGUAUUGUAAAUUUUGGAAGUACGCGCGACCGAAGUCGCUGUGAAAUAAUUGUAUUUCUUAUAUUCUGUACUGUACUUACUUGUACUUUAAGAUAAGUGUCAUUUAGUCUUGUGUAACCCCCAUGCCAUGUCAUUGUGUGGUGUUUCCGUAAAAUCAUUGACAUUUCAGUAGAAUGCAACUCAUUUUAAAAUUAUUCUGUCGCAGUGAUUCUGUCACAUAAUUAUUCGUAUUUCAUAAAUCUUUAUAAUUAGUUAUCGUUUAAUUAUUUUUUCUUAGUAAAUAAGGUAAAGAAUUCGUUACAUAUCAUUUUGUUUAGAACCUAUCCAUCAAACUCAGUAGCAAGAACAUUUCAUCAAAUUGUCUAUCUCUUUAACAUAAAUCAUUCUACGAUAAGAUUUUAGGACAUUGAUUUAAUAUAUUUUUGAGAUUUUUACAAAAAGAUAUCCCAAUUUAUAUUUAAUUUUUAUAAUAUUCGGAUUACAUAAUUGGAAAAGUAUUAAAAAAGACGUUAAAUUAAUUAUACGGACCACGAAAUAAAAGAGUUUAUAAAAAAAAUACAUAAAAUACCAAAUACUUAAAACUAAACGUUGCGUUGUAAAAUAUCACAAUAAUCAUUCUAAAACCUUACCGUCCGAUUCAACAGAAGGUAUUUUUAUUAAACUAUAUUAUAAAAUCUGUAGAAUUUGUAACAAAUAACUUAACUUCAUGUACACAACACACGCACCCCCCAGUAUCAAUCACUCGCAAUAUCCUUUUCUGAUUAUUAUUAGAUAUAAAGACAAAUAUAUGGAAAGCGCAAAAAAUAUAUUUUGUCAGAAAAAAAUCAGGGACUUUUCUAGCAAAAACACUUAAGGAUUUAUGUGCUGAACUCAAUUCAAGCAAUUAUUUUUGUAUUUUAACUAGUAUUUUAACUAUUUCAAAAAUAUUUUAAAGCUUUAAUUAACAAAAUAUAUAUUUUUAAACAAAAUCAUUAUAUUUAAUCUUGUUUAUACCACGAGUAUACUGUGCUAAGAGUGAUAUUUUGUCAAUGGAAAAUUAUUAUAAACUUAUAUUCAGUAUCCCCUGGACAGCAUGACUGUAAUAUUGUUCUUGGAAUAUAAAUUCAAAUAUAGCACAAUGUAUUGUAACAAUAGAUCGUAAUUAAACAUAGGUGUUGUUGGUCAAUGUUUUAAAAAAAUACAGGAAAAUCAUAUACUUAAUCGUAAACAAUUCUUAUCGUACAUACGUACUUCAAUAUAGAAUUUCUCUUCAUUUAUUGUAAAUUUAUGAUUAAUGUUGGUAAAUUUGAAUUAACUACACGUUUUUGUGAAUCAGUUCUUUGGUAGUGCUGGUAGCUUCAGCUGUGGAAUUCUUUCAACACAGUUGAUUGCAAAACUUGCAAUUAUGAUUACAACGUUGCCAUAGAUCCUAUAUUUUGUGAUUCCGAAGUAAUAGUCCGAAUUCACACUUCAUUAUAUCGAGUAAUCAUUAUUAUAUUUAAGGCGAGCAUUAGAGUAACAGUAUUCAUUCCACUACAAUUCGCACUACACUCUCAUGUACACUCAAUGUAAUAAAAGCAUAUCUACUUUUUACAAUUAUGUCUUAAAUAAAUACCUAUAUCGAAUUUAGUAAUAACUCACGUUGAUUUCAUGGCAUCAGUACGUCGCGUCAGGUUUCAUACUCAGCUGCAUUUAAAAUUUGGAAAAAUAUUGGAAUUAAUCCUAAGAGACUGAAAAGAGUGUUCUAAAGUAAAUUUCGAUGAAAUUGUUAAUCAUUUUUGAUAGUUUCUUUAUCUUUGUAACCCGUUUCGGAAUUCGUAGUUCGUGUUUCUCUUUCAUUUGUCACCUUGGGUCCAAAUUGGUCCACUGUCUUGGGAUUUUGAGUGCUUUUUCUACUGCUCUAAAUUCUAAGUUUUAUGUAGUAAGAAUGUGACAACUUUUUCAUAGUAAUUCUAAUAAUUAUAAUCAUAAAAUUAGUAAAAGUUAUAAUUAAUGUGUUCUGUUUAAAAACCAUAUUUAAUAAAGUUCUGAAUUAAUUUAGAGCUUUAUAUAGAAGAUGCAUUCAAAAUGUCAGUUUCCAUUGAGUUUUCAAAACACAAAUUCUAGAUUUAAUCGCUUUUGGCUUAUUAUAGUUUUUGUAUGUUCAGUUCCAAUAUUAUGUAAUAUAGGUAUGAUUUUCAUGCGUAAGAUGACACGAACUGUGCCAAUAUGGAGAUGGUUUUACAAUCAUAUUCGACUGAAAUGCGGAUUCAUGAAACUGCAUGUAUGCUCCCCAUAACAUAUCAUUUAUUUUAACAUUAACAACAUUAUUAUCUGAAUGUAAUAUACAAAUAAGCAUUGUAGUUGCAAUAAUUGCGUCUGACAAUAUCAAAUGAAAUGUUUAUCAUUUGACAUUGUCAUUAGUGAGGGAAAUCAUCUUACGUGUCUAAAAUAAUUAAUAUUCAUUUAAUUUAAUGAUGAAGACAAUGUAUGUUGUGCUGUAUAAUUACUAUAAAUAUAUUCCAUAUUAUUUAUGUUCGUCGAUGUGGUAGCUUAUAAGUAGGUACAUAAUUUAAUGGUAUAUAAAACCGAAUAUAUAUUUCAAGAAACUUGCGUACUUAGAAUAUUUCGCAUUAAGAUUAGGCCAAAUUAAAUAUUUUACUUAAAGCAAAAUCUGUGAAACGUGUACCAAUAAAUUUAAAUGAAUUAAUGAAAAUAUCCGUAAUAGGGCUGGACAAAUGGACCAAAGGGACAAAUCAGCACUUUUGCGAAUAUUUCCCGAUUUUUUUUAUGAAUAUCACGUUACACAGAUGUUUGCCAAUAUUCGCUCAUAGUGCAACUAGGACGGAACACAUAAUUUAUUAUCUUUUGAUUACACAGUCUAUGAAAUAUGAAAAAUAUAGUAAUUAUUGUAUGGAGUAAAGAUAAAAAUAUUAUGGCUUGUACGUGCCAUAUUUAUUAUUGCAUAUAUAUAGAGAAGCGUAUAUAAGUAAUAAGUAUCAAGGAGAUGAUGCUUCCUUGUGCUGCAAAUUUAUAAACCAAAGUCUAGUUGCACUUUCGAAACGACUGAUGAUGCUUGGUAAAUAUAAUUUAAAUCGAGGCCGAAUUUAAAUUGUUAUAGCUAUCUAAAUUUUAUACAUUUUAUUAAAUUCGCUUUUCAUGCAUUGAUUGCAGUGCCAAAGUUACAGUGGUAUGACCACUAGAAAUUAUAUUAGCAGACGUGAUAUUAAUGAUUUCUUGAGAUAUUUCAACUGUUAUAUUCUGGUUUUCAACCUCAAUUGAUAAAUUGGCAAUGCUGCGAAUAUUAAAAAUAGAUUUAACGUUACUUAAAUAUGAUUUUAUUCGAAUAUAUGUUCUUCAAUGUCACUAAAAAUGUAGGCUCUCCGACUAUAUGUAAUUGAUAUGAAAUCGUUUGACACAUUUUGAUUACAGACGACAAAAAAAAAAUUUUUCGUUAUUGAAUGGAAACAUAUUUUUUGUUUUCGUAAUGAUUUAAAUUACAAUUUUGUUAUUUUAAUUUGUGACUUGAUAUGAAUAUGAAUACAUGUAGGAAAUAUCAACGACUUAAGGAAUUGAAUUUAAAAAAGGAACAUCAGUUGUGACGCGCUCAGAAUGUGGUUAUGACAUAUGUCAAAUCGCCUGAAAAAGUGUCCAACAGCAUUAUUAAAUACUAGAAGUAUUAAUACUAAUAAUAGACGAAAAACUAUGCAAAUGACAAAUAUUUUCGGACCGUAAACGCUAUGUUAAAAUUACAUGAUAUAAUAUUUUUUUUGCUUUAAAAAAUUAUAAAUAAAACAAUAAUUAAAGUCCGGACCACGAAAGAAGUCACGCAGACGUGGCGCUACUGUCGCUGUAAACUACAACGUGGCCUAUCUGUUAUUGAUAGUUUAUUAUAUUGCCACGGGCCUUCUUUCGUGGUACAUUCUUUAGGUUGACGAUCUGUCAUUGUCAUAAACGCAUUCUGAUCAUAGCAUGGAGUUAGUAGAAACUCCGUAAGUACGUACUAAAUCUAUGGAUUAUAGUAUUCAAAAAUCUUAAGAUCGCAUAUCUCUUCCAGUGAUUACUUGUAAUACUUUAGUUACAGUUAAGUUGAUAUUUUGGAAGAAAUAAAUUUUAAAGCCACGAAAAAUAAUAGCAAACAAUUUUUUACUAUCAUAGUUUAAAUCAAUAAUCAAAUAAAUAUAUAAGUAUAUUUUUUUAAAUAAUAUAUUAGGACAAAUCACACAGAUUGAGCUAGCCCCAAAGUAAGUUCGAGACUUGUGUUAUGGAAUACUAA